AUGAUCGAUGUUCUUUAUUUACUUGUGGAUAUUAAAGAAAGAUUUGAACGAUUAAUACUCGAUGAUCUCUAUAUUCAUCAUCCUAAUAUGACCACCAUGACCAUCAUGUCAGUAUUUGAUCAUAUCUUCUCAAUUGACAAUCAAGUUCUUGAUAGAAGUUGUGAAAAAAUCCUACCUCGAAUUCAUCAUCAAGUCAAUCAACUCACUGUUGAACCACAUUCAAUGGAUCGUCUUCUUGCUAUUAAUUAUUCUCAACUUUAUUCAUUAUCACUUGAUGUUUUUCAAGAUAAAAUGCUUCUGCAAUAUUUAAAAAGUACAUUAUUUCGCUUUAUUCUUUACUAA